CUAACUUCAACCAUCGCUAUCUUUCUGUCCGAACACGCGCGACAUCGCCUAUCCUCGCCUUCUCCCGACCCGGAUGGCUUCUUCGCAGAGAAAGACAGGAACGCUCAAAAAGCCGGCAGCCAAGGCGAAGACGAAAAAGCCCGACGGCAAGGCCUGCAAGGGCAAAACCAAGAAAGCGCUGUCGGCGCCCAUCCUGGGCCUACCAGCCGAGAUCGUCCUGCUUAUCGACGAGCUGCUCGACCUCCAGGACCGCCUCGCUCUUGGGCGCACAAACCGCUGGUUCCACUCCAUCAUCAAUCCCGUCAUCUAUCGCAACAAUGUCAAUCUCGCCAACGCCUCGUGCCUCUUCUGGGGCGCCGAGAACGGACAGUUGGGCACCCUCAAGCACGCGCUCGCCGCUGGCGCCGACCUGAACGAAUCGGGGCCUCUGCCGCGCAAGGCUGGUGAGGCUGAUGCCACCAGCGACACGGAGAACGACGGCGACGGCGAUGCUGACGAUGCGGGCGCCGAGUUGUUCGAGGAACCCCCCGACCCCAGCCUGCAGCCGUACUGCACCCCGCUCCACCUCGCGGCCAAGAACGGCCAUCGGGACAUUGUCGAAUGGCUCCUCGACAACGGUGCGGACAUCGACGCACCCUCGUACCGUGUCUGCGAAUGCCAGUCGCUCAAGUCUGGGAGGCAUCCCUCGCGACGGCUCUCCGAGUGGCCUCGCUGGCGCGCCCUGCACACCGCCAUGUGCAGCCAGGAGCGGCUGAUCGCCGAGUUGCUCAUCCACCGCGGCGCCUCGCUCGAGCUGGACGCGUCCGAAGGGCACAAUCACACGGCCCUCCAUUCGGCCGCCGCCAACGGCCUCAUCCCCGUCAUCAAGCUGUUGGCGCUCAACGACAUGAAUCUCGACGCCAACCAGCGCGACGCCUGGGGGAACACGGCGCUACACUACGUCGCCGAGAUCUGGAGCCCCCGCGACUCGGCCGACAUCCGGGACACCAUCACAAAACUCCUUGCCCUGGGCGCAGACUUGGAAGCUCAUAACGACUACGGCCACACCCCGCUCCUGAAUGCGUGCUUCAGAGGCAACUUUGCCGUGGCUCACCGGCUCGUCAGCAUCGGCGCGAAUCCGGAUCCGCACCGCCACAUACCUAACUUUCGAGACUUCCGGCCGCUGUACUACUGCAUGCUGCAGCGUGCCGAGUUCUUCGACAUGGACGACGCGCCGGUCAAGCACGACGAAUUCGAGGGGAACCGUGUGACGCUGAUCAGGGCCCUGGUCGAAGCCGGCGCCGACGUGAACGCCCAGUUCGACGUGCGCACUCACCGUGGCGCGACGCCGCUCAUGCUUGCCUGCGAGCUCGCCGAGCCCCGAGCCGUUGCCACCCUCAUCCAGUGCGGCGCCGAGAUCAACGCGCAGGACCGCAACGGGCGGACGCCCCUGUGCUACGCCGUCACGUUACGAGUGGACCACCGUGGUGAAGUGCCCGAGAUCGCGACCAUCAUGCUCCGACACGGCGCCCGCAUGGACAUUGAGGAGGAGCCGAACUGCAGCCCGCUCGAUACUGCCAUCAAGCACAUCCGGUGGGCGGAGGACGACGUCCUCGAGGCGAUGCUGAAGGUGGCCAACAGGAACAAUCUCACCGAGGGCAAGCUUAAGGAGGCCCUUAGGAGCUGCGCCUCGUGCGGGAACUACAAGGCAUUGAAGCUCCUUCUUGAGUUUGCCGACAGGGUGUACGAGGUGACGGACGCCGACGUUAAGGACUACUUGUGUCGUAUCAUUGAGCAGAACGACCCGUGGAACCAGAUCGAGACAUUCAACUGCAUGAUGGACUUUGGGCGGCCCGUCUACACCAACGAGAUGCUGCUGCUCAAGACCAUCAUGCAGCAGAACAGAGAGCUGAGCCUGGCGGUCAUGAGCCGCGGCGUGUCCAUCAGCGAGCCGAGAUUCCACGGCGACCAGACAUACCUCCAUCUCGCGUGCCACUGGGGCGACGUCGAGGUAGUCAAGGCCCUCCUGGAGCGGGGUGCCGAGGUAAACGUUUUUGACCGGGAACUACGGACGCCGCUGUCAAUCGCCGUGAGCGAGAACUACCUGGGCAUCGCGAUGGCGCUCAUGAAGGAGGUCGCCGACCCCUUCCUCGUGCCCCCGGACGAGCUCCUCCAGGAGCUCUACGGCGACGAGGACGAGGAUGAGUGGCGCUUCGUCAAGCGCAGGUACCUCACCGCCUUCGACCUCGCCAUCCGCGACGACCGAGUCGACAUCGUCCAGGACAUGCUGUCGCGCUACGCGCUGCCCGACAUCGCGCCCCGGUCUAAGUUUACUUACGUCCACCGGGCCAGCCAGAACCCUAACCCAACCAUCCUUAAGCUCCUCCUCGCGAAGGGUGCCGACCCCGCCGGCGGGGUGGACUGCCCGAACCCGCCCGCCGUGGCCCUCAUCCGGCGCGUGUGGGACCAGCCGCGCCUGCCCGACACCGGCAUCAGCAUGCUGCAGACGGCCAAGAUCCUGCUGAGCAAGUGCGCGGGCGGCGGCAUGCCCUGGGACAUCCUCAAGGAAAUCGCCAGCGCGAAGGUCGACAACGACCCAGACAAGAAGGAGCUGCGUCGGGUGGUAAUGCGCGAGCUCGGGCUCCGCGUGCAGCUCCAAGACGGCGUCGUCCAGAGAGUCGGAGUCAAGUGCAUCAUGACGGACGAGGAGAUCCAGCGGCUUGGUCUGAGGGAGGAAGACCCAGACGGAGUGAUAGAGGAGUAUUCGUAAAUGGGAGGAUCUGGGUUUGGGUAAUUACCUAUGGGCUGGAAAGCGAGUAUUAUAUCAUGACGGUUCCAUUCUCCUUUUUUUCCCUUCGCUUUUUUUUCUGUCUCGUCUACGGACGUGAUAGGGACACGCACUGGGAUUAUUAUGGAUUGGGUUUGACGAUGGGAUGUACAUGAUAUUUAUCAAGGACUUAACGAAGCAGCUUUCAUGAUUUUGCGCGGACCAAAAGGGGGUUGAGCUGAAGAAAUAACGUUGAGCAAGUGAGCCAAAGAGCGGGGAAAUGAAAUGAGAUGCAGAAGUUACUCAAGAGGGAACUGGAAGAGGACUUCCAGAGUGUAGAAAAGCGAAAAAAAAAAGAACCACACUCCUCUUCGCCAACGGCGAGACUCGAACUCGCAACAUUCAGAUUAAAAGUCUGACGCGCUAACCGAUUGCGCCACGCCGGCUACGUGAGACAACCAAC